AUGGAACAGAAAGAAGGAGGAAAAGAGCAGGGGCGCGUUAAGACCGGGGACAAUCUUGGGGCCAAAGCCAUGGCUGGGGCUCAUACAGCAGGCGGAGGAGUGGUGGUGGAGGUCCGGGAGAAGAAGGGUACCCUGAGGGCUGCAAUACCCACAAUGCCUUUCCCUCUGGCCGUCAUCUGUCUGUUUCUUAACACCUUCAUACCUGGACUUGGUACCUUCAUCUCAGCAUUCACAGUGCUGUGUGGAGCUCGCAGCGAGCUGAUCUCUGAGCGAGGUGUGUGCUGCGUGUUCUGGCUCAACGUGGCAGCGGCCCUCAUCCAGAUACUGACAGCUGUUAUCAUGGUCGGAUGGAUAAUGAGCAUCUUCUGGGGAAUGGACAUGGUCAUCCUGGCAAUUUCUGACGGCUGUAGAGACCAGGGUGUUCCUCAAGACGUCUGA